AUGGACGUUCCUGGUGAUGCAAGAGACAUCAAAAUCGACAGUGACCGGCAACGUUUUCUCUCUAAUUCUAGUAAAUCCAAACAGCAUAGCAAGGAAGUCGUGUGUACAAAUCAAGAACCUGAUCCUGGUCCGAUGACUCGUAUUUCUUGCCUUACACCUAGAUAUGUUAUUACAAAGAUCGAUUUCGCUGAAUAUGGCAAUCCCACUGGUACAUGUGGACAUUUUCGACACGGAAAUGCGGCGCACCAUCUGCCUUCAAGCUUGCCGAAAAGGUUAAUUAACGGAAAUCACCCUUUUCAUGCAUGGGGAGUAAUCAGUAGGUAA